AUGCCUCCCCUGUACAAAAAGACUCUCGUACUAGGCGCUUCCUCCGGCAUUGGUCAGUCUCUCGCUGCCAAGCUCAUCGCCACAGGCACGAAAGUCAUUAUCGUGGGUCGUCGGCGCGAGAAUUUGGAAUCUUUUGUUAAAGAGUACGGCGCGGAUAAUGUCAGGGCUAUAGUCUUUGACGUCACCAAUUUGGACCACAUCAAGGACUUUGCCGAGGAGGUUAUCAGGUCUGAUCCGGAUCUUGAUUCUGUGGUGUUGAAUUCGGGAAUUCAGAGGGGCUUUGACUUUAGUAACCCUGAAACCCUGGAUCUGAGUGUUCUAGGCGAUGAGUUGACUACGAAUUAUACCUCGGCCGUAUAUCUAACAGCGGCGUUCAUACCUCAUCUCAAAAAGAACAACGGACAUCUAAUCUACGUCAGCGCCACACUAGGCCUCAUUCCCUCCAUGGUCCGCACACCCAACUACAACGCUUCCAAAUCCGCUCUGCACACCUUCAUUUUAAACGUACGCGAACAGCUCAAGGGCCAAGUAAAGAUGGUGGAGGUGUUUCCGCCCGCUGUGCAGACGGAGUUGCAUGAUGAGAAGCACCAGCCUGAUCUAGUGAAUGGAGGACAGAUUGGGAUGCCUCUAGGUGAAUUUGUGGAUAAGAUGUACGAGGGGCUUGAGAGGGGGGAUGAGCAAUUUGCUGUUGGACCUGGCGAGGCGCUGUUCAAGGAAGAUGGGUGGGAGACGGAGAGGGGGAGGUUGUAUGAGAAGGGGAGGGAGGGGAUUGAGAAGUCUUUGGCUAGCUACUUGAAGAAGUAG